AUGGGCGUUACUCCCUUUCCCAACGCUGUCUGCGAGCCCUUCACCACCUCCAACAACGUUGCCGUGGCUGUCUUCCGCCAGGACCCUGUCAGAUUCAACAAGAGCCAUUACAUGACCAUAAAGAUGGUUACAGGCCACAGCAAGGCUGAAGCCACUAUCUGGAACCGCAACCGUGCCGGCGAAUAUGAGGACGGCUUCUGCGACAACAUCCGAGGCACUCACUCCAACUCUUCCAGCCCCCGCAUGCCCCUCGUUGCCGAAUGCGUCGCUGUCAAGGAGUGGGCUGCUGCUAACGCAGGCCACUGGGUGGUAUCAAAGAAUGACCUGAACAAGCACAACCGGGUUGUCCUCUUGGCCGUGGCCAGCUGCGCCUUUGUCGUUGGCGCCACUGAGGAGAAACGCACCGAUACUGGUAUCAUCAUCAGCAGCAAGGAUGUCACAAAAGCCAUGCAAGAUGUCAUUAAGAAACCCCAGAUUGGGGGCAGGGUCGAAGUAGCUGGACGUUUUUCAUGCAUCACUGGCGACGGCAGAGACAAGGUUGCGGCCAACUGGUACAUUGCUAACACUGAGAUAAUUGACUGGGAUGAAUGA